AUGUUAAAUCAGAUUGAAACAGUUAAUCAGACAAUUAGUUUAUCAACUAGAUUGUCACAAUCUGAUAGUGCCAAUGGAUUACCAGUGAUUAAAUAUUUUACCAAUAAUCAAUUUUUACGAAAUUUUAAUCAGCAAUCAAUUGAUUUAGUUGAAUCUCAAUUUGAUCGAAGUCGAUCAAUUAGUUCAUAUAAUUAUUGGAAUCAGUUGAACGGCGGUGGAAAUGUAAGAGUGGGAAUCAGAGGGAGUGAAGAUAACGGUAAUUCUGUUCGUUCAAGUGAUAACAGUAAUGGGAACGAUUCUAAUAGUAAUUGGAGUUCAUCUUCACCACCGGUAGGAAUAGACGACCCACUGAUAGUUUCUUCCGUUGGCGGAAGUGACUUUUGGACAUUCGGUGAACCCGAUCUUCGUAUUCAUCAUCCGUUUCUUGCUCUUCUAUUAGGAAUCAUUUGUCUUCUCGUUAUGUUUGGUAAUAUAUUGAUAAUGGUUGCGAUUCGUCGGGAACGUUAUCUCCAUACGGUCACUAAUCUAUUUGUGGCCUCACUUGCGGUUGCCGAUUGUCUUGUUGGAGCCAUUGUAAUGCCCUCUUCAGUGGUCCACGAGGUCAUGAACAAAUGGUGGAUAUUUGGUCAAGAUUGGUGUGACCUUUGGCACUCUUUUGAUGUUCUCGCUUCAACAGCUUCCAUUUUAAAUCUUUGUGUCAUCUCACUUGACCGUUACUGGGCCAUUACCGAUCCAAUCAGUUAUCCUGCUCGAAUGACCAACAGAAAGGCCAAGAUACUCAUCGCACUUGUUUGGACUUGUUCAGCUUUAAUCUCUUUCCCGGCCAUUUUAUGGUGGAGAGCAGUUUCCUCGCCACCUCGACCUUUACGAUGUGACUUUACGGAAGAUGUUGGUUAUCUCCUUUUCUCAUCGAUCAUCUCAUUCUAUGGACCUUUGAUCAUCAUGUUAGUCGUUUACCUGAGGAUUUAUCGAGCGGCCAUUCAACAAACCAAAUCAAUUAAAUGUGGAACUAAAUCAAUCGCCGCCAUUGAUGGCAAUGAAAACAACGCUGUCGUCCUAAGGAUACACCGAGGCGGUGGUGGUAAUAAGAGUCUCAACAACAAUAAUAACAAUACAAUAAUUAACUUGUAUUCACCAAAUGAAGGACAACAAUUUAAUCCAUCGAUUAACCUUUCAAAUCAAUCAUCUUCAUCUCAAUCUAAUCAUCAACGUUACCCUCAGUUGAAAUCUCGUUUAAUUGGUGAAGUUUCAUUUGAAGAUCAGUCGUCUGAUUGUACAAAUUCAGAUAAUGAUACAAAUUCAACCAAUAAUAAUAAUAAUAAAGUGUCUUCUUUAUCAUCAUCAUCGGCUCGUCCUCCAAACAUGAAAUCAUUAAGCCGAAAAUUGGCUAAAUUAGCCAAGGAAAAAAAAGCGGCCAAAACUUUGGGCAUCGUGAUGGGAGUUUUUAUAUUAUGUUGGUUACCCUUUUUCAUUGCUAAUCUGGUCAAGGGAUUUUGUGGUGAUUAUUGUCUAAUUAAUCCUGAUCUUGUCUAUCCAUUGGUCACUUGGUUGGGCUGGUUGAAUAGCGGCAUGAAUCCGGUCAUUUAUGCUUGUUGGUCAAGGGAUUUUCGUCGAGCUUUCAAAAAGAUCUUGUUCCUUUCUUGGCAUCGGCAGCAAUUUUCACCUGAGAAUAAAAUUUCACGAUUAAAAUCAAACCGUUCAAAUGGUAAAGCGAAUAAAUUUCAUUAUAAACAAUCAAUUGGAAUUAAUUUUGAUAAACCAAAAUGCCCACAAAAUUUAAUUGCAAUGAUUGACUUAACAUCAGCUUCUAAUGAUGUUUCAACUUUAUAAUAAAUAAAAAGCAAA